CAAACCUUCAGUGUCUUCAAGCAUAGUCACCAUCAAUGAUCAUCCUCAGUGGAACUUGUUUGCUUUGAGCACUAUCCAUCGCACAUGCAUGGGCCUGCACUUAAAACUUCCGAAUCCUGAGGCAGCACUGCUGUGGAUCGCAUUAUUGUUGUGCCUGCCUAGACAAACGUGCGAUGAAAAGUUGCUACAAAUCAUGGCAGUGAAACUACAAGCUGUUUCAUUCUCACUCCCAUCCAUUUGCACGGUACAAUCAUGACAGAAGCUGAUGCGCGCAUCCGGUUGUAUGAAGCUUCCGACGACAAACGGGUCAAGUUCAGUAUCGGAAAGGCCUCAAUGGAGGGUCUCGCAGUCGCGAAUCGAAGUGCCUUUUUCCACCCAUUCACGCUUAGUGCCUGGGUGGCCCUGUCAUGCAUCAUGAUCCAGUAUCUCAACUGGUGGCCCAGACCGGAGUACGGGUUCCUUGGUUAUUUGCAACCUUUUCCAGCUUUCGGAUGUUGGGGCGCCGUUAUACUCUACCUCAUGGAUUGGUUCAACCGCCCACACUUCGAAGAUGCGUCUCUUGACUUGUUGCGAAGACCAGAUGUCGCGGACAUCGCAAACUAUUAUCGGCGAUCUCCCUCAUCAGGCUUUUUCAUUCUCGAAUAUGCCGGAAAGUUCGUCGGUCUCAUAGCUAUCGACGCGUCCAAGGACUCUCAGUCACAAAGCACGCUUAUGGACAAGGGAAAGCCAUCUUCAUCCCUGAAGUCGAAGCAUACAAUGCCUCAGGGAACAUCAACCGUCGCCACAAUCCGUCAUUUUUAUAUCGAGGAGCCAUAUAGGCAAGCAGGAAUCCAAAAGGACUUGCUCGCACAUGCUAUACAGCAUGCAUUCAAAGCGGACAAUGCAGUCAAGGAGAUCAAGGUGACCACUACUUCCCUGAUACUGUAUGCUCAAAAGUGCAUCCACGACGCCGGGUUUGCUUUGGAGAAGCCCAUUGGCAAGUUUGGUGUUUAUGGGUGGAAACUUGACCUGCUCGUUCUCCGGAGGGCACAGUGGGAAAAACAAGGUGUUGUUUCGUAAAGUUAAUUAUUUACAAUGUCGUAGUAGUUAUAAGGAACGGCUAUAUCAAGGACUUCAGUGGUUCCAGCGACU